CUGCUCUAAUGAAACAUUUCUAUCCUGAUAGUAGUGGUCUAGGAUGGCAGUGGCUCCAUCUAGUCUCUUAAUGGUUUAAUACAAUUCUACAGUUUCAUUUAGCAGAUGCUGUUAUCCAAAGCGACAUACAACUGAGAGUAUAACACAAACGAGGAUCUAGUGAGGACAAAAAAACACCUGGAUAAGUGGCGUAAAACAACAUGUCUGUGUAGGUUCUCAUUCAUUCAGGUCAUGGUUAUCCAAAGUUGUUUAAGUCCAGUGGAUUGAUUUAAACAACGUUGGAUGGCAUAAAACAUGUCAAAGUGUGAUAACAGGACUGCAGUGCCUACAGGCAGUGUGAAUGAAUUGCUAAUCAUGUCACCAGAUCUCAAAAUUCAAGAACUGAAACCGGAGAUUCUGGACCAACAUGAGACAGUCAAGUCGUCUGUUCCCUACAUACCAGCACAGCAUCAUUAGUGUGGCCGCCUGGUUUCCAUAGUAACUUGCAUUUUUUUGCACACUUUCUGUAAUAACUGAAAGCUUCUGCACAAUUCUUCUUAAUAUAAAAGGCAUUGCCGCGCUCCACCACCUUGACAUGAUCAACACCCCAAAUGAGGGAAUGUGUUCAGGUAGAAUGGUGUUCCAUGUCUCAGUUGCAUUGAAGAAACCUUUGACCUUUGACAUUUGACUGUUCCCUCCCUCCUCUCUUGUGAAUAGGUCUUGUUCAUUCAAGAAUUAGAAUAGCUCUGCGAGCCUGGAUGUUUUCCUUUAGAUUUGUCUGUUUUUUUUACCAGAAAAGUUUGAAAUCUUUCCCGUGAUGUGGCCUUUUGCACCUUGCUGUAGUUUUUAUAAGACAUUUAACAGGAAAACAAAACCUCUAACCGCAGCAUCGAAACAUUUCCUUCAUUCACUUUAACAAUAACAGUCCCAUUCUUAGAUUUUCAUGUUUUUGUUGCCGUGUGAUGCCGCUCACUCUUAGAUCCAAGGUCACAUCCGGAGGCUACAAGGUUAAAAAUAUACAUAAAAAUACAUUUCCUGUAUGUUCUGAUCAGCUGGCAGCAGAUAAUCAUGCACUAUUUCUAGAUUUAAGCUGUUAUGUACACCAGUGUUUUGCAGCUUAAACAUGGGUUAUUUGAAAUUAUAUUAUAUGUGAUGUAUUUCAGUUCGUUACAGUGACCCUGGUCAUUCACUGAUGAAAAGUGUUUGCUGUGAAUACACUCCAGAGGCUCCAUAUCGCUAUUAUUGUUUUGUAUCUUUAUCAAUCCUUUCUCCCAUAUGGCAGGACUUUGUUUUUCUGACUGAAUGGGAAACUGGACAUGUCAGCAUUUGUUUUGUUGAAUUCUUUUUAUUUUAUUUUUAUUUGCUUCUCGCACAAAAUCAAACUCUCGACAGACAUGCUGACCUCAAGAGAUUAAACCUACUCUCGGUCUGAAAUGACAAGUCAAAAUUGCACUUUUGGAGCUGCAGACACAACACGUAUCAACAGAAGCUUGAUUCAGUCUAGGAUUUAGUGUUUGAUGAGGGCGAAAUCUGCCGCAUGAUAGAAGUCUGAGCUCCAGUUAUUUUAUAGUUGAUCAACGUGUGUAAAUUACAUGAAGUCUUGCCAUCAUUCCCGGCUUUUCAGUGGGUUUGUCAUGUUUCAGUGGCAGCAGCAUUUGGAACUUUUAAUGCUAUAAGGCCCGACGAGAAACAAGCCUGACAUUGUGCAGCUGAGGUUGCUCUCAGUCUCAGGAUUAUAAGAUCAGGAAUCUUGUGAAAUAUAGGUGAAGAAGUGUGAAGUGCUAAAUCAUGAGGGAACACAAAAGGUCAAGAGCCGUCACUUUUUAGGAUUGUAGGACACUUUACAUCUUUCUAAACACAAAUGGCAAAUUUAGUGUGUUCAUGUCGCAUCUUUUAUAUCAAAUGAUUUUAUGGGGCCAUAACAAGGAAAAACCCAUUAAAUUAUGCAUGUUUAAAUUGACUGAAUACUGAGAUGCUGCUACUAUUGACUGAUUUUUUUUUUAGAAUAUUUAUUUCAUCUCCCAAAUGCUUGUAUGACCCCAACAUGAUUUUAGGUGUGCAAGUUUUUGUCACUUUCAUAGAUUUAUCCUGCUUCAGAUUAAACCUCAUUAACAAUAAUCCCACAAAUGUAAAGAAAAAUAGACACAAAUCAACAUAUAUAAACAGUAUACUCCGGAUAUUUUAAAUCUUUAAUAACUUUUUCUAUUGCCAGUGCACUAAAGCAAACUCUCAAGUUAAUUUUGACAAAUCUUGCUUUAUUUGAACCCAGUAAUGAUGCUGCAAACAGUUCAUAACAUUUAUGUUUAAGAGAUUUUCUGCACACAAACAAUGACAUUGCACCUCAUAUAAAAUCCAGUCUUCUGGUUCAUACGAAGUACAAGGACCGGCUUUAGACUUGCAGUGCGAUGUGGAAUGUUUACGUUUUCAAACACGAGGGAACAUGGUUGCUCAACACCUUUCCAAAACCAUAUACAGUAUCAGACCUGUGAGUCAAAGAGGACAAUAAAAUAAAGAAAGAAUGCUAAUAUUCAUGGAUGGAUUGAGGAGGACGACGUGGCACGCUCAGGUACGCACAUUAGGUGGAGAGAAAUGAUUCUAUAUCCAACAUUUCUAACUGAAGCAUUAUUUUUCCGUUUGUAUUUAAUCUGCAGGGAUUAUUCAAACUUUUUGAGAGGCUCAAGAAUGGUGAAGACCUGAAAGAUCAUCAUUCUUGAGCCUCUCCGCGACUCUGUGGACGGUCAUCCGGCUGAUGUUCAGCUGUUUGGCUAUCUCAGACUUGUGGCCGGCACGAAGGAGAGCAGAUAUCUCAACUCUUUUGACUUAAAUCUUGAUACAACUUCACCGGAGAACAAAUUUGUAUUAAUGACACCUGCCUAUAAGGUAGAACUUUCAGUUUGUUUAAUGGAAUUUUUCACUCCGACAUGUAAACGUCUCUAAAGAUCAUGAAACCGAGUGUAACAGAACUUUUGCAAAGCCCGGUAUGUGUAUCUGUCUACAUGUGAGCAUGUACAUACUGUAUGCCAUACUCAAGGUCUUGUAUUUUAUUUAUUUUUGUUAGCUUUUCUUCCAUUUUAUUUUUUUUGUUUCAACGUGUUUUUCUUAUACUUAUUUGGUAAGGGGCAGAGGGGAUGGGAGGGAGAAUAGAGAGGAAAAGUUUGCUUUGUUACAUGUAGUAGCAUUUUGCUGCUUGAUUUACAAUUUGCACACAAAAAAUCUAAAAAAAAAAAAACCAAACAAACAAAAAACACGUGUAUGUAUAUAAAAAUGUGCAUCUGCAGUGUGCAUUGGCCCCAAAUUAGGGGCCACAGGCUCUGAUAUAGGGGCCACCUUGUGGUAAAAUAUAGUGACGUCCACUUACAGAUUAACAGUCACGGCAGGGCUCAAAUGAACAUGCUACAUUUGAGGGAAAGAAAAAAAAAUCAAACAUCACAGUGGAUUAUGACCAUUUCGGAAGUGUUUUUCUGUGAUAAUAAAUGGGGACGUCUCUGCGCAGCCUAUCGGAUUCCGGGAUGCAAUACGCAUCCAAAUGAAACGAACGCCAGUCCUUUCGCUAAUCCUUGUCUAUCCUUUUUAUCUCGGGACUCAUAGCAGUCUGAUCACUAUGGGACAGCGAAGCGGUGGGACAAAGCCAUGCGGAUGAUAUUUCUGUAAAUGAGAGAAAAAAGCAAGUCUGUGUGACUUUUGUGGGCGCAAACUGGGCGCAUGUAGGCAAAUUGCGUAUGCGUAAAAGUGGGCCAAAAUGUUCCUCGUCCUGAUCCUGGGGCUCUACGUGGCCACAGGUGAACUUUUCUCCCCAGUGAGCUCCUGUCCUUCGCAGUGCAGCUGUUUUUACCACAACCUGAGUGAUGGAUCAAAGGCCAGGAGCGUCAUUUGCAACGAUCCUGAGAUAUCUCUUGUGCCUGUCGGGUUCCCUGUUGACACGUCCAAGUUGCGGAUUGAGAAGACAUCCAUCCAGCGGAUACCAAGCGAAGCCUUCAACUACCUCUCCAGUCUGGAAUUCCUGUGGAUGUCUUUCAACACGCUGUCCACCGUGAACUCGGACAGUUUCCGGGGACUGUUCAAUCUGGAAGAGCUUCGUCUGGACGGGAAUGCCCUCACCGCCUUUCCCUGGGAAUCUCUCAUGGAUAUGCCCAGCCUCAGACUUCUCGAUUUGCACAACAACCAGCUCACCUCGCUGCCCGCCGAAGCCACCACGUACAUCAGGAACCUCACCUACCUGGAUCUGUCCAGCAACAGCCUGCUGACCCUGCCGGCAGAGGUGCUGUCCACAUGGCUGGCUGCAAAACCAACGCAGGGGCCGGAGAGCUCCAAGAUGAUACUUGGUCUCCAUGACAACCCCUGGGUGUGUGACUGUCGGCUCUAUGAUCUGGUCCAGUUCCAGAAGUCUCAGACCCUCUCAGUGGCGUUCAUUGACACAAGGCUCCGAUGUUCGGCUCCGGAGAGUGUGUCGGGGGUCUUGUUCAGUGAUGCAGAGCUGCGCCGCUGUCAGCUCCCGCGCAUCCACACAGCGGUGGCACGAGUCCGAAGUGCUGUGGGGAACAAUGUGCUGCUCCGCUGUGGGACCAUUGGAGUUCCUAUCCCAGACUUGACUUGGCGCAGGGCAGAUGGACGAGCUCUGAAUGGAACAGUCCAGCAGGAGAACUCUAAGGAGGGAAUCACCUGGUCCAUCCUCAGUGUUCCAGCUGUGUCCUACCGUGAUUCGGGGAAAUUUAUCUGCAAGGCUACUAACUAUGCAGGAAACGCAGAGGCUGUCAUUUCUCUCAUUGUCUCCAACUCCCCAAAACCAGAGGGGAACCAAACCACCAAUGACAAGAAGCCCAAAGUAAAGAAACCAAACCCAGUGGGCAAAGCUGCCUAUCAGGAGAAACUGGUUGCCAGAUAUGUGAUUCCAACCUCCACCCCUUCAUCCCUGUCUGCUCUGGAUCCUGGCCUUCUGCCUGGUCUCAGUCUUGAUCCUGGACUGGCCAGUUACAGUGCGGAUGACAGAGCAACCCCAGGACCUGCCACCUCCUCCAACCCGGACGCGCUUCUGGAUCUGGAGAAAACAAAUCUGAGCAACUUGGCGGCCAACACCUCAUCCCUGCAGCAGGACCCGGACAGGGUGGUCCGCUCAGUGAAGGUGGUGGGGGACACAGACAAUACAAUUUCUCUGAACUGGAGAGCCCCUAAAGCCAAAAACACGACAGCGUUUAGUGUGCUGUAUGCAGUGUUUGGGGAGAGGGACAUGAGAAAGAUCAACGUUGGGGCGGGUCAGAACCGUGUAACCAUCGAAGGGUUGGUGCCCAGGACCAAGUACAUUGCCUGUGUGUGUGUGAGGGGCCUGAUCCCCAAGAAAGAGCAGUGUGUAAUAUUUUCCACUGAUGAAGCAGCGAGUGCUACUGGCACUCAGAAGCUGAUUAAUGUGAUUGUGAUCACAGUGGCCUGUAUUAUUGCGGUCCCGCUCACAGUCAUCGUCUGCUGUGGGGCGCUGAAGAGACGAAUUCAGAAGUACUGGGGGAAAAAAACGAAGGACAUCCAAGAUUCCUAUGUGACCUUUGAAACACUGUCGCCUGGCACAAAGGCCAAAGGGCUUGAGGGUGAGUAUUUGAACAGACUGAACCCAGAGGAGUCCAACAGGCUGCUGUCAGCUCGCUCCAGCCUGGACUCUGAGGCCACAGCUAAGAUAGAGGGACAGCCUAACGAGUACUUCUGCUGACGUCAUGCUCCAGCUCCGGCUCCUGCUCCACGUCAUCUUCCUCGCUCUCACCCUCACCCGCGACACACUCGAAACCCCAACGCUCACCCGCAUGCCCUCCACCACCCUCCUCAUCCCCUUCAUGUCCACCCGCAUCCAUACCCUCAACACUACCCCUUCUCUUACCCUCAGCAGCAUCCUGACAUCAGUCCACCUCCCACGCGUUCCCAUACGCCCACACCAUGGGAUUCCCCCCCACCAGUCCCUCCUCGCUGGAUAAUGCCACCAACUCCACCGCCACAGAGAGCCAACUUCUAUCAAAGAACUUUUGCACGGUGCACUAUAAUGGAAAUAUCAGUUUAAAGAAUUUGAUCAACUGGGUAGAUCUAGAAAAAUUUGAUGCUUCUUGCAGAUCAAGUGAAACUCACUGGACUUGUCAUCCGUCCAUGAAUAGUAAGACUCAAACACUUGCUUUUAUGUCUAAAAGAAUGUUUUUUUUAAUCACUAAGCCUGUAAGAAUAAACACGUUGAAAACUGAAAGAGCACAGCAAACAGUGUAAGUUAGAUUUCGUCUCACUUGUUUUGGCCCAGCGAAGAAACCUUUUCAACCCGAUCUGAUUUAAAGGGAACUCAAUGGUAUAUACUCCAUUGUUUAUCAUAUAUGUAUGUGUAUGAUUUGUAAAUACUUCACUGGAUGAUGUACACUUACAUAUACAGUUAAUUCUGUGCCUCUGUAUAUAUCUGUCAUACGUUCUCAGAGAAGAUAUACACAUAGGCAUGGUUCAACACUUUGGUGAAUGGAGAGAAGCUGGAGCUGGAGAGAAGUACAGAAGGGACUGAACUAUGACACAAUGUAAAUAGGAUGGAAAAAUGAUGCAGAAAUGAAAUGUGAAAUGAUUUAUAUUCCCAGCCAAGAGACACAUACGGAAAUCUCUCUAUGUACCCAUCUUGUGCCACCUCGAGGCAUCACUAUCCCAUUAAAUGUAGAUCUACUCAUUCCAAUGGUAUUACCUAUUUGAAACUAAUGAAAUAAACUUUUAUAUAUACUAUA